AUGUCAUCGUCGUCUACAAGAUGCGCCCUCGUCACAGGUGGAGCAUGCACGCAUGCUUGGUGGUACUUUGUGAUAACACGGGCGCGAAACCCGGCCACGCGACCAGCUUCGGGGAUGGGAUUGAGCGUUGUGCAAGACCUGGUCAGUCAAGGCUGGAACGUCGAGAUUGUCGACCUGGACGUCAAAAUGGGCCGUGACGCCGAGGCGCAGCUGGGCCAGAAAGUCCACUUUACCCGCGCCAAUGUCGUCGAUUAUGAGCAGCAAGCGAGCGCGUUUGCCCAGGCCUGGAAGAGAUGGGGGCGGAUUGACCUAGGUAUGAUGCCCUAUACUAUGCUAUCCUAUGCUCCUGGCCAUGAUCCCGUGGGAGGAGGGGUUACUCGCUGGUCUUGGAGGUCCAUACUGAAUUUGAUUGUGAUCACAGUCUUUGCAAAUGCGGGUAUUCUGGAUCGCACCGACUUCAGCGCCCCAGCUCCAGAGGACGACUCAACUGGUGCUCCCCCCAAGCCGGACGUCUUGACUGUCGACGUGUGCUUGUACGGCGCCAUCUGGUCGUCGUAUCUCGCCCUGCACUUCUUUCGCAAGAGCCCAGACCGCACCGGCAGGCUCGUCAUCACGUCGAGCCAGGGCGGCAUCUAUCCGACGCCGCUGGCGCCGCUGUACGGUUGUGCUAAGACGGGGAUCGUCGGGUUGGUCCGCUCCCUCGGCCUGCGUAUAAAAACCCUCGGCGACCCCAUCACAGUCAACUGCAUCUGCCCGGGCCUGGUCCCCACGCCACUGGCCAACACGGCCCUCCUGGCCGCCAUCCCCGAGGCCAUGCAGACGCCGACCUCGACCAUCAUCGAGGCCGUCAACCUCUUCAUCAAUGACGCCUCCCUGUCCGGCCAGGUCGCCGAGUGUAGCGGUACCGACGUCAUUCUGCGCGAGGGCCUGCCCUACGCCAACGCCGCGGCCGAGUACAUGGGCGAGGGCAAGUCGGCGGACCGGAUUGAUUUUGCGGCUGCAGUGGCGGAUAUCAGGGACAAGGCGAGGCAGUAUGACCAGAAGUUGAGUAUGGUGGGGUAG